GGCUGUCUUUUCAUGUAUUAGGCUAUAAUAAAGCCAGGUGGCCUAGUAGAGCACUCAUACUGACUGAAGCUCUCAAGCAUUCGUUAUGCUGUACAGAACCCACAACCUUGUACGUACGCCGAAUAUACGCUCGAUUUUAUCGCGUCAGACCCACCGGGUGCUAUUACGAACUAUGUGCGCUGCAAGGGAAGCUUCAACCGCACCUAACUAUGACGCGUUCUUCAACAGGAGAUCCUUGGCUAGGCAGCCCUCGGCUAUUCGUGAAUUGCAGCCCUUCUUGUCGAUACCAGGCAUGAUUUCUUUGGGUGGAGGCAUGCCGAACCCGACUUCUUUCCCUUUCACUUCCCUCGAAGCUGAGUUAGUUGACGGAACUAAAAUAACACUAAAAGGUUCUGACCUUAGUGAAACACUGCAGUACUCGGCAACGCCAGGAUUGCCCAGAUUGGUAGAUUUGUGGACCAAUAUCAUCGAGAAGGAGCACACACCCUCGACUGCUCACGCUUGGGGUGUGGGUGUAACUACAGGAAGUCAAGAUGGCCUGGCAAAAAUAUUCGAUAUGUUUCUGGACGAGAACACGUCGUUGUUAGUAGAGGCACCCACGUACUCGGGCGCAUUGGCAUCACUCGUGCCGCUGGGCUGCAAUUUGGUGAAAAUACCAACAGACAGUGAUGGACUCAUUCCAGAGGAGCUCGACGCAACUCUAAGCAAUUGGGAUUGCAGCGUGGAUGGCGUGAAACCUAAAGUUCUGUACACGAUCCCUACCGGGAGCAAUCCAACCGGGGCUACACUAUCGUUAGAGAGGAGGAACACCUUGUUGAAGCUAGCCACUAAACACGACCUACUUAUCAUCGAAGACGAUCCGUAUUAUUACUUACAAUUCAGCGAGAAGAGAAUUUCUUCGAUGUUUUCGAUGUGUAGCGAUGGUCGAGUGCUGCGGUGUGAUUCCAUUUCCAAAUUGAUCUCUUCUGGUUUGCGUAUCGGAUUUGUGAGUGCUCCUACGCCGAUUCUGCAUCGAAUUAUGCUUCACCAGCAAUCCUCUACUCUGCACACGUGUGGUGUGUCACAGGGCUUGGUGUACGCGCUGCUGAACAAAUGGGGCCCAGAUGGGUUUGAAGAGCAUGUGCAGAAGGUCACAGCAAUGUACGCGAAGCGGAGGGAUGAUUUCAUGGCCUCGGCGAAGAAACACAUUACAGGUAAAGCUGAGUUUCACGCUCCCGCCGCCGGCAUGUUUGUAUGGUUCAAAUUAUUGGGUGUUGAGGAUUCAACAGAUAUAAUCAAAGAGAAAGCGGUGGAAAAACUUGUGCUGAUGGUUCCAGGGAAGGCUUUCACACCCGGCGGUGGUCCAUCACCGUAUGUGCGUGCAACGUUUUCCACUGCCUCAAAGGAAGACAUGGAGGAAGCCAUGCGUAGAUUCGGCGAGCUACUAGAUGAAAUCAAGCCUUAGUAAAUAUUUCCACGAAGUAGGGAUGUGUAAGUGAGAGCCUUUUCUUUUGAUGUCUGUUCCGUGCAAGUACAUCGUAAUGAGAGUAGUCAUAGAAAAGGAGAUACAGCGAGG